AUGACGUUCACCGACAAAGUACGCAAGAUUUUCAAUGUUCGAGGCAACAGUGCCCGGCAACCCGGGCAGCGCAAGCACAUGCUGGGGGAUUCGAUUCGUAACAUCUUGGUGGUGGUGUUUGGAGAGUUUUGUGGCACCUUCAUGUUCCUUAUGCUCUCGUUUGCCGGAGCUCAAACGGCCAUCAACAACAAUCAGCCCAAUAUCCCCGGCGCUCCUCUGGCCCCUGCUAGUCUGCUUUACAUUGCAUGCUCUUUCGGCACUGCCAUUGCUGUCAAUGUCUGGGUCUUUUACCGUGUCACCGGUGGCAUGUUCAAUCCUGCUGUCACUCUCGGGUUAAUGCUGGUCGGCGCCGUCAAGCCACUCAGAGGCAUCAUCAUCAUCCCAACUCAACUCGUUGCUGCCAUUGCUGCCGCCGGUGUCAUUGACGGCCUUCUCCCAGGUCCCCUUACCGUGGCCAACUCCCUCGGCAAUGGCACCUCCAAGGUCCAGGGCGUCUUUUUGGAGAUGUUCCUCACUGCCCAGCUCGUAUUGACUGUCUACUUCCUGGCCGUGGAAAAGCACAAGGCUACCUACCUCGCCCCCAUCGGCAUUGGCAUUGCCGUCUUCAUCGCCCACAUCGUCGGCACCAACUACACCGGCACGUCCAUCAACCCUGCGCGGUCCUUUGGUCCAGCCUGUAUCCAGGGCUUUGUUGGCUAUCACUACAUCUACUGGAUCGGCCCACUUAUGGGCUCACUCCUCGCCUUUGCCGUCUAUUGGAUCCUCAAGUGGCUCGAGUAUCAGAGUGCCAACCCCGGCCAAGAUGCCGAUGAUCUAGAGAAGGCAAUCCCGCCGCCUCCGCCUCCCGCUGCUACCCAACAGCAAAAGGUUGGCCACCGAAGCACCCCCAGUGAGGCGAGCGAUGGGACUCUGCAGGCUCCUGUGUCCAAGGAGCAGAAGCAUGAGACGCUCCCCCCCGUCGCCACGCCAUGA